AUGGGAGUUUGGAAUGAUGUUGGUGAUCAUAUCUCGCCUGGUGAUAUAUGGAGAUUGAGGAAUGGUUUCACGACAGUUUUUAAAGGCUCAAUGAGCCUGUCGUAUGGAAAAAUGGGUGAAUUUGUCAAAACGGGUGAAUUUUUUAUGGUUUAUUCGGAGACGCCAAAUAUGAGCGAAUAUAAUGCUGAAUAUGCUGCGAAAUACCAAUCCAAUCGUAAGGGUUCGCCGGACGAUGAUAGCAACGGGCAAACAGGUCUUUUUGCGACUUUUUGCAUUUUUUUAUAA